AUGCCUCGCCUAUCGUACGUACUUCUCGCGCUCGUCGCACUCACCACAGCCUCCGAACCGCAGAGGCCGCGACUCAUAGACUUCAACCCCUGGUCAUGGAUUCCCAACGACCGAAACAAAUCUCCAUCGAUCAUGGACUACUUCUUUCCCCCGUCUAGAACCCCAAAACAAUCCAACUUAGACCCCCCGGCGGACAGACAACCCCCGACAUUACAAACCACCUUAGAAGACGAUGCAACUAUGACCACACUUAACGAACGUUUCACCACCACGGGUAGAAAAUCUCACAACAAAAUUAAAACCACUAUUCCAGCCCCUCGCCCGACGGCUACUGUUCCUCCAAAGACCAAAAAGACCUCUCACAAAACCGUUCCUACCGAAACAACUGUUGAGACAAAGAUCACUCAGACUAUCAAAAAUGAGCCGCCCACAACCGUGAAAGCGACAGUCCGUCCAACAAAGCAUUACUCCAUACGUCCAGUGCGCACUACAGAAACACCAACCGUACAGGAAACUGCCUCUACCAUUAACAUGAACGGCGAUAGCACUGAAACUAUUGCCGUCGAAACACUAGGAACAACCAAAGAGAUCGUGAAAGAGACCAUUGUGCCAACUCUGAGUACAGAUCAGCAUCCAACAGACGGAUCUUCGACGGUGACUAUGGACAGCACGACGUUGACAGAGAGUACUACGGAAGCGGCGGAUAGCCGCGAAGGAUACCUUCCAUUGCGAGACAAGCCUCAGCAGACGCACGUGAAAAUCAACGACCAGACUAAGAAAGAGGUCAGUAAAAUAGAUUUUUAA